AUGUUCUCAAAAGUCAAGGUGUUUUUCUGCUUGCUGGUAUUGUUGAUGUUGGUGAUGAAGGCUUUGCUAUGCAGCUCGUCAUCGCCUUCCUCCUCGGAAUCAAUUUCUCAUGAUGGCACCAUUCAAGUCGAUUUAAAUGGUGAGAUGAAAGAGCAUGAUCAUUUUCAUCAACAUGGAUCGAGAAUCCGUUUUUCCGAACAAAACAAUACUUGGAUGAGAAAAAGAUUAGAAGAACGAUUUUUAAAAUAUGUACAAAUUGACACUCAAAGUGAUCCACACAGUACCACUGUACCAAGCACAGAAAAACAAAAAGUUUUGGCACAUCUAUUACUCGAAGAGUUGAAAACUAUGAAAGGACUCAAAAAUGUAGAUAUGGAUCAGUAUGGAAAUGUCUAUGCCACAUUACCAAAGAAUUUGGAAAGAGAUGUAUUGAGUGUUGGAUUUUUGGCUCAUAUGGACACAGCAACUGAAAUUAGUGGAUUCAAUGUCACACCAUGUGUGCACAGAAAUUACAAAGAUGGUGAAAAUCUCAUAGUGAAUAAUUUGACGAUUGUGGAUUAUAAAAUCGAUGGAAAGGAACUUUUGAAAAUGAUUGGUCACGACAUUGUCACAGCAAGCGGUGGUACAUUGUUGGGAGCCGAUGAUAAAGCAGGUAUUGCUGAAAUUAUGACUGCUAUUGAAUUUUUAAUUGAGAAUCCUUCCAUUGAGCAUGGAGAUAUUCAAAUUGGUUUUACGAUCGAUGAAGAAAUUGGAAGGGGACCUCAUUACUUUGAUAUUCCAAAAUUUUCAGCUGCAGUUGCUUUCACAGUCGAUGGAGGAGAGAAGGGCACAUACAAUGUGGAAUCAUUUAGUGCUGACUUGGUCACUGUUGCAUUUACAGGAUUUAAUAUUCAUCCUGGAACUGCAUAUAGCAGAAUGAUCAACUCAAUGAAAGUUGCUGCCCAAUUUUUAGACAGAGUCAAUGAACAGAUGCCCUCUCCUGACAUCAGUAAGGACAGAGAAGGAUUUGCACAUUGUCUAGACAUUAAUGGAAAUGUUGAAAAAACCACCAUUAGGUGUAUUUUGAGAUCCUUUGAAGAAUCUGAAUUGAAACAAUACUCACAAGAAAUUUCCAAAAUCAUUGACCAACUUAGAUUUGAACAUUCUAAUGUGACCAUUGAAAUGAAUGUCGUUCAACAAUACAGAAACAUGAAACAAGUCCUAGACAAGUAUCCAUUCAUGGAAUUGAGCAUCAUGGAAGUUUACUCUGCACUAAACAUGAAAGACAUUGUUUCAAUUCCAAUUCGAGGAGGUACCGAUGGCUCUCAGUUGAGUUGGAUGGGUCUCCCAACAGCCAACAUAUUCGCUGGAGGACAUAAUUUCCAUUCACAAAGCGAAUUUGUUUCUCUCCAUGACAUGGCGGACUCUGUCAAGGUCAUUGUGAUGCUUUCACAGACCCUUUCCAAAGUUCCACCUCUGCCAAUAAUGAAAGGUCAUCACUAA